AUGAGCAAGACAUCGGGCUGCUGCCACAACUGUAUCAACUAUGUGUUUGAAUAUGAAACACCAAAGACCCUGGUCAUCCCAGCUGGAUGUGUGGGAGUGUUUUUCAGGAUCAGCCAGUUCCUGAUCGUGCUGUAUGUGGUGGGGUAUGUGUGUGUGGUGCAGAAGGGCUACCAGGAGACCGACUCCGUCAUCAGCAGCGUCACCACCAAAGUUAAAGGUUUUGCUUACACCAACACAUCUGACAUGGAGCCUCGUUUCUGGGAUGUGGCUGAUUACGUCAUCCCCCCACAGGGUGAUAAUUCAUUCUUCGUUUUGACAAACUUGGUUGUCACCCCUGGACAAACUCAGUCACGCUGUCCUGAGCUUCCAAACCCAUCAUCCAUCUGUGUGGACGACUGUGACUGCAUUCAGGGACUUAAUGAUCCUCGGGGCAACGGUAUACGCACAGGUCUAUGUGAGAACUACUCGACCUCUGUCAAGACCUGUGAAGUGAUCUCGUGGUGUCCUAUUGAAGUAGACACCCACCUGCCAAAACGUGCACUGCUAGCUGCAGCAGAAAACUUUACUGUGCUGAUCAAAAACAGCAUAACGUACCCAAAAUUCGACGUUCACAGAAGAAACAUACCGCCUCAUGUUAACUCCUCUUAUCUGAAACGAUGUGAAUUCAGUGCAACAGACCCCGACUGUCCCAUAUUCCGCCUCAAACACAUGGUAUCAGAGGCUGGGGAGGACUUUGAAGACAUGGCUGUGAAGGGUGGCAUCUUAGGCAUUCUUAUUGACUGGAGCUGUGACCUCGACUGGUGGGUAGGGCAGGCAAAGUGUUACCCCAAGUACACCUUCCGCAGGUUGGACAACAAAAACCCUGUUAACGACGUGUCCCCUGGUUACAACUUCAGGUUUGCGAAAAACUACAGGACACCAGCCGGAGAGGAAGAAAGGAUAUUAAUUAAAGCAUUUGGUAUCCGCUUCAACGUCAUCGUGUUUGGAACUGCAGGAAAAUUUUCCAUCGUGGUAACCAUCGUGAACCUGGGUGCAGCCUUGUCAUUCUUGAGUUUGCUGCCUCUGGUUGCAGACUGGGUGAUGGUAACAUUGUCGAAGAAACGAGAUCUUUACAGCAGGCACAAAACAACGUAUCUGAACGAGGAGGUUGGCGCUGAAUCAGUGUCUUUGGCCACCGAAUAUGGAACCCAGUAGCGCGCUCAAGAGAAAAGACAAUCUUUUUAAACAAGAGUUGUUGAAAUUUGCCACUAAAAUGUGAUGAAGAGGGGGGUUUCAUCUGUUUUCCAGGGUAACUGAGAAGCCAAACAUUUCCUGGGAUCUUGAUGUCAUGUCUGUAAAGUGCUUAUGACAAAAUAUCAACCAUCCAAUAUUAUGUUAUAUCAUGUCUGUACACCUUUGUUUAUCAGACCUGGUUUUACUGAGAGGAGUCAGCCAUUGUUGCUUUGUACUUUCCACUUCUGAGGUACAAUAAAUGAAGCAUACAGUAUUGGGUAAUUGGGUGAAGAUUAAGGUUAUUAUCCUUUUGUUUUCAAAAUGUAAAACAUUUUUUUAUAGUUAGGCGUGGUAUCCACAUUACACUCCAAACUGAAACGUAUUUAUCUGCUGCAGAGCCAAUUAGGUUUGCUGUGGUCCUACAUGGACAGACAAAACGAUCAUGAAGCCGCACAGAUUCUCUAAACAGAUCACUCGUCUGAGUUGGAACAUUUGUUCAAUUUGAUUCACCAAACCAACAUCAUGUCACUAUCCCCAGAAGAAAACACACAACCUCUACGACAACACGGGUCGGACGUUGUUGCCCUUGGUUUCAGCUGUUAUGUAGCCAAAUUCUGCAUUUAAUAAAAUUGCAACUUCUA